AUGACUCGUAUAAGCAAAUUUUGGACCAGAGAGAUGUUGACCCAACAACUGAAUGAAGGGUGGAUGAGAGAAAUAGACGAUGAUGUUUCAUUCUCGAGGUCAAGGGAUUUAGAUAUUAGCACAAAAUCUAUGGUGGUAAAACGAACAAAGAGGGAGGAGAGUGGUGAUAAGAAAGGGAAGAAGAAAGCAAAGUUAGAGUGGAGACCGGAGGAUUCUGCAAAGUCAAUCGGUAAAUUGGUUAGGUGUACUGGUGUGGGAGAAAAGAUGAAAUACCAUUAUGAGAAUUUCGAGUUUCAUGGCAUACGAUAUGGACUGGAGGAUACAGUGCUUUUGGCUCCAGAAUACGUAAAUCAAAAGAACUACAUUGCAAUCAUCAAGGAUAUUUUUGUAAAAGAAAAAGAUGGGGUUGUGAUGUUGGAGGUGCAAUGGUUUUACCGGCGAGAAGAUAUAGAAAUAAAACAUGCUGGAAAGUGGGUAUCUGAAGACUCAUGCAAGAUUUUCUACAGUUUUCAUUGUGAUGAGGUUUUUGCUGAAUCUGUGAAGCGCAAGUGUCUUGUGUAUUUUGUGCCAGAUGAGAAGGAAAUUUCAAGAGCCCUUCAACAUUCCGACUUCAUUGUGCAAAAGGUUUAUGAUAUCAUUAACAAAAAGCUGAGGAAGUUCUCUAGUCUAAGUUUUGAUGUGGAUCAAAAGUUUGAGAUUGAUAUUCUCGUGGCAAAGACGUUUUCGAGAAUUGGUGAUCUUCCUGACAUUAAGAAAGGGAAAAUGAGUAAGAUUCCGCGGCGUAAAAGAUCUGUUAGGAAAAAAUGUGUCUUAAAUGCUGAGAUUAGGGAUUCUAACAACAUAAUUGAGGUUAAUAUGUCUGGUUAUAAGCUACCAGCCAGUGAUUUGGAUCGUGGCAAGAGCUUAGUGGAGCUUUUAAAAGCACUAAUUGCACACGUAUGUUGUGCAAGUAACGAGAAGCAAGUUGGUGAUCCUGGGUUUAUGCCACCUGAUAAUGUUACUCUUAUGGUAUUUGAUCUUGAGGAGGCUUUAUAUGAUUCUUUCGCAGAUGAUAUACCAAAGUAUAAUUCUAAGUUGGAGCUUCUUGUUGAGAAACUUAAGGACGCACGAGUGCUAGCUAGAAGACUUCUCAAUGGCGAAUUAAAACCUGAACAAGUUAUAAAGAUGAAGGGCUAUGAGCUAAUAAUGUUAGUCACAUCCUUAUGUGAGUUAGAUAUGUUUAAGUGA